AAAUCAAAUAUAUCACAAUAUGUCUUUGGGUGUUUCUUCCUACGAAUAAUAAUGAAACCAAAGUGAAUCUCGUUUCAUUUGGUAAAAAGUUAAAGUUAAAGAUCUACUACGAAAAUAAAUAUAAUAAAUUCAGGGUAAACUUUUAUAACUGGAACAGUUUAACGAAUGCGUUCGUUACCUUUGAAACCUGGCAACAUAUUUGCUUCAGUAUUGAUACACAAUUAAAGUUGUGGAAGUUCUUUAAGGAUGGCCACAUGACUGAUAUUGGGACAUUUGACCUGUCGAAAUCUUAUGUGAUGGAUCAAAGUGCUAGUGAUAACAUCCUAACGUUAGGCGAGUAUGCUUGUUUGAGUGAAUGCACAGCGACUGAUACAUUUCGAGGGAAAAUGACUGAGCCCGACGUGUGGUCAAGAAUUCUUAAAUUCGAAGAAAUUUCGGUGUUUUCAACUGGUUGUGGUAUUACGACAUCUCCUGAUAUUGCCCUUGAACGCACUAAUCCUGUAAAAACGCUCUCGUUCGAAAAUGGUGAAUGUAUCACUGGAAAAGGCACCCGACUAACGACGACCAAAACGCAAAACUCAUCGUUACCAUCCUCACCAGUCCUGCUGUCUCCUUGGAUGAACGUACCUUUUGAACGAGUCCGUGGUGUGUGUAUGCGUUUUAACUACCGUUUGUUGGGAAAGAAUUCAGAACUAACAAUUUAUGUUAAACCAAGAAACAUGAACACGGAAAAACUAUGGUCUGUUAAAAGUCCGCAAGAAAAUAAAUUUUGGAAAAAUGGUCAAGUCUCUUUGGGGCUCGUAACAGAGUUUAGGGUUUGUAUCAGGGCAAAGUUAAGGUCCAUUGCAAGCACGGCGAAGAUUGACAACAUCUUAUUUGUGGAAGAUUACUGUGACCCAGUUCCGUCAAAUUCUCAAGAGUGGCACACCAAAGUGCCGACGAGAAUCUCCGGGUCCAUCAGAUCACCAUAUUAUCCCGGGUUGUACCUGAACAACAUGAAAAGAUCCUGGACAAUUACGGUUCAAGAGGGUCACCAUGUAUUAGUGUCUCUCACAUUCUUAAAUUUAGAAUUUCAUGCAAAUUGCAAAAGAGACGCGGUGGUUAUUAUGAAUAGUCGCCAGUCUAAAAAACGAAUCCGUCUUUGCGGUGAUGUCACUACGAGGAAGCCAGUUUUCAUGUCAGCGGGCAACAGCGUGUUGAUAAUGUUCGUGUCGGAUGAGAGAGAUGUUGGGACAGGUUUUGAGCUUCGUUACCAGGCCAUUCCUGAUACCGGCUUUGACCACUUUUGUUUUGCUAACAGGAUUCCAGAUUGUCAUCCUAGCGUUGUGUGUUCAAACAUCAGAUCAAAUAACUCAAGGGUUUAUGUCCACGGUAGCGAACUGGUGUCAUUACCAGAGUACUUUCCAGCAUCAACGACUGUUAUAAACUUUGAUCACAAUUAUUUGUUCACGUUGGGUGGAGCUGAUUUGAAAAAUUUAACCCAGUUGGAAUAUCUAAGUUUCAUUGACAAUAAAGUUUCAGAUGUAAACCAAGUAGCGUUUCAAGGUUUGACAACUUUGAGAACUCUACGAUUGUCCCAAAACUUUAUCAAGUCUAUCUCCAAAACUCUUUUCCUUGACCUUUACUCCUUGGAAACUUUGGAUCUUAGUAAGAACAAGAUUGAGGAAUUGAAAACUGGCUCGUUUUCGUCUCUGAAUAAUCUUCGCAUCCUGAGUCUUCGCAAGAAUGUUUUAACACAGUUAAGCGAUGGAGUUUUUAUUGGACUGACGAAUCUUCAGUAUUUAUACCUUGAUAACAAUGGACUAAAAGAAAUUGAGGGUUCUGUCUUUGAUGAACUGACUAAGAUGAAGUCAUUAAUUUUAAACUCCAACCACCUAAAAAUCAUCAAAUCAUCCUGGUUAAGCAAGAAAAAAUACCUGGAAACAUUGGAUGUUGGAAAAAAUAAUGUAAUAGAAAUCGAGUCAGGGGCAUUUCGCGAUUUAAAAAAUUUGGUUCGAUUAGAUUUGUCGGACAAUCAACUUCAAAGUAUUCCUGAAAAUCUGUUUGAAAAUCUCGUUUCUUUACGUUACGUGAAAGUAGAUCACUUCACUCUAUGCUGCUAUGCAAAACAGAAUAAUCCCAGCGUUAACUGUGUCUCAAAGGCUCAUGAUGGUUUCUCAAGUUGUGAUGAACUUCUGAAGAAUACAGUUCUCAAGUACUCUAUCUGGAUUCUUGGUAUUAUGGCUUUUGCUGGGAACCUAAUCGUCAUUAUUUGGCGAUCCGUCGCAAAGGAUAGCAACAAAGUAAAUUCAUUUCUCUUGACAAAUCUCGCUGUCGCCGACUUUUUGAUGGGAAUCUACAUGUUGAUAAUCGCGUAUAAGGACACCGCGUGGGACGGGGAGUACUUUAAACAUGACUUUACCUGGCGUGCAAGUGAUCUUUGUAUAUUUGCCGGAGUGAUAUCGACUGUCUCCAGUGAGGUUUCAGUGAUAACAUUGACGGUGAUCACAAUUGAUCGUUUGAUCUGCAUUGUCUUUCCGUUUCGAUUUCAUCGCUGGGCCAUGAAGAAGGCUGGAAUUAUUAUGGGCAUUGUAUGGAUGCUAGGAUUAUGUAUCUCCAUAGCACCGUUAUUUCACGACUCAUACUUUUAUGAUUACAAGAAUAAUGUUCACUUCUUUGGUCGUUCAGCGGUCUGUUUGCCGCUUCAGUUAUCGAAAGAACGUCCCUCAGGAUGGCAGUAUUCUGUUUCCAUUUUUCUCUUUCUAAAUGGUUUUUCAUUUAUCUUCAUACUCGCGGCGUACAUCUUUAUGUAUCAUACAAUCGUCAAGGCAGCGAGUGCGGUAAGGUCUACAAGAAUGAAACAAGAUUCUACGCUUGCCAAACGAAUGAUGUUCAUCAUUUUGACUGACUUCUUUUGCUGGUUCCCAGUCAUCAUAAUCAGUAUCCUGGCGUUAACAGGCAAUCUUUAUGACCCUUCGAAACAGGUUUACGCCUGGAUCGCUGUCUUUGUGUUGCCAAUAAAUUCGUCAAUCAAUCCGUUACUUUACACCUUUUCAACGCCGUAUGUUCGUAAAAAAAUUCCAACAGCAAACAGAGCAUUGGCACGAAGACGGCGAAGAGAAAGUAACGAACAUAGUCAUAGUAGACAUUUUACAAGCGAGAACAGCAUGGUUUCAAAUCUUGAUACUCGUAAUACAAUAACUCCACCGCUAAGUACUCCUCGGUCAUUUCGCAAGCUGGAAAUCAUCAAUGAAGGGUACAGACCCGAUGACAAUAUGGCCGAAAGCGAUUUUACCGAGUCAAUAUCGGACAUAGAAUAUCGCAUAAAGAUGGUCGAGGACGUAAAGUAUUUCUCUGAUGAUGGAAAUGGCGGUAUGAAAUACUGCCUUACUGUUGAUGAUGACGGGGAGGAGAUACCUUGUGGUAUUCAUGUUUAUAAGAAUGAAUAUGAAGAAGCGUGGAAAACGACAACUAGGAUUCUUUUCUGGUUAUCAAUGGAUGGUGGACAUGAUAAUAUCUUGCAAUUCUUGUGGAGCGCUAAAGGGGCCAAGAUUUUAAUUGAGAGAGGCGACUCUUUGGCAAGUACCAAGUUGGAAAAAAGACCUGAUGAUUGCGUGAUAUGUUUUGAACUUCCUUCGAGGCUAACUUUGAAGAAAUUUCUCCAACUGAACCACCAUGAUAUCACUGAAGAAACUGUCUGCCGUAUUCUAAACGAUCUUAUUGAAGCGAUUGAUUAUCUUUCGUCAAAACAAAUUGUUCAUUACGCUAUUCUUCCCGAAAAUAUAUUUCUCGUCGAAUCACCGGAGUUUACAGUAGAAAGCGCCGUACUUGGAGGACUUUGUGCAACCAAAUUUAUUGCGAACUCUUCAGAGGGAGAGCAAAUGUAUGAUGAAGCUGGUGGAGAAAAUGCGAAGGACUCUCUGGAAACCAAUGUCACAGCGUUUGGGAAAAUCAUCCAGAUCUUCCUUGAGGCUUGUCCAUCAUUUCAAAAACUCAGUCAAUUGCAUGACAUAAUGGAGUCUUGUUUGGGUGAUAACAAGCCGACAACGUCUGAUUUAUUGGAACAACUAGCUUUGAUGGACUCAGAUUAUCCUUCAAGUGACAAAGUGCUUUGACUUAUUUAUCAUGCCUGGCUCUGUCUUCACUUAUCGCAACACCCAACGUUACAUUUCCAUUAAUUUCAACUGCAAUUUUUUAAUUUCGAUUAUUGUAAUGUAUAUAUCAGUAAAGCAGUAAUUUUUUUGCAACGGUUUUUAAUGUGUAAUCUAAUUACCAUAUGUUACUGAAUUUUCAUAUAU